AGGGAGAGGAGAGUUGCGAGGCAAAACGGCUAGUCACAUGAGCAGAGAUCUGUUUACAAACCCAAGGCAGAGCAGAGCAAGAGCAAGGGGAGGAAGGAAAAAGCGAAUCCAUUGCAGGCUGUCUCUGAGCACCAUUAUGGAUUGGAAGAGGAAGGGGGGAAGCCUGCCAUGAUAAAGCCAGCUGGAGGUUGGAGAACCUGAAUACGACACACGCACACACACUCGUGUAAACACACUGCCUUUGUCUCUGAUUUUUUUUUUCUUCUCAAUUGAAGGAGCAGAUGGUUAGAGGGAGAGUAGGAUCCCCCCCCCUACGCAAGCACACACACACACACACACCCACCCACAUUCACUAACUGACACACAAACACACGCUCACCAGCAAAACACCAAACCCAGCUAGAGGACUGUUGCUGACUGCAUGGAGCUGCCCUCACUUUGUUUUGGCUUUGAGGGAAGCACAUCCAUACUGAGGAGGAAUACCCACUGCAAGAUCAGAAGACUGAAGGAGGAGACAACAGAGGUGAGGGGGAUGAGACUUGUGAAAAUCCUCUGUUAAAAAAAGCAGCUUUAGAAGGAAGACAAAGCACAGACUAAUGCCAGAUAAUUACCUUCAUUGGAUGAGGACUGUCAUUUUAAAUGGUGGAUGUCGUUGAAUUUGAGGGGACGACACUGCAGACGCAAAGUGAAGUCAAAGAGGCCCUUUUCUGCUGGAAAUGUAAGAGGAGCACAUGAGGUCUUCAGUCCCGGUCCAAACUCCAGUCCAAAAUCUCCCAAUUUUAACACGGAGUGGUUAAUCUAGAUUUGGGAAUGCUGGGCAGCGGAGACUACUGAGCCAACAAAACCGUACCUCCCGAGGAUUUGGGGAAUCUGAGCAAAUCUGAAAAAAUCUUGAUGGUUGUUUUUGGAGGAGCUGACACACCACCACAAAAGAGCAAUCAAGCUCAGAGUGACUGAAUCCAGGAUCCAAACGGAUUCAGUGUCCCGAGCUUCGGCCCACGAGCUUGGCCCCUCUCCAGCCUUCUCCUGACAGGGCCUGAAUUUACUGCUGCUACCCUGGGAGUCAAAUUUCAUGCAACAAUUCCGAUGGUGUAACGGAUGCCUGUGUUUGGGUUGUCAGCGCUUUGAACACUACUGCAGCAUGACGUCUGAGAUCUAUCACCUCCCGCUCAAUGUGUAUGUCAUUGUGCUGGGCAUCGGCCUCUUCGUCUUCAUGCUCAGCCUCAUCUUCUGCUGCUACCUUUUCAGGUUGAAACAACACGGAACAAGGGAGCAGUUCAGCUACAAUGAGGUGGUGCUGAAGGGAGCAAGCAAGAAACUGAGCCUUCUAGGACAAACCUGUGCGGUGUGUCUGGAAGAAUUCAGGACCAGAGAUGAACUAGGAGUGUGUUCAUGCUCACAUGCAUUUCACAAGAAGUGCCUGCUUAAGUGGCUGGAGAUCCGCAGCGUGUGCCCCAUGUGUAACAAACCCAUCCUCCGGCUCCACACCGACGCUCCCCAGGGUGCUGAGGGUCUAAUGGAUCCGGAGGAGGUGUGAGGGAGCUGGGAAAGAAGCAACCUGACUCCCCUUACAGAAAAUACACACAUUAAAUACACUAGGGAUGAUGGACAGUGGUCAUCUUAAAGACAUCUCACAGGAAAUGUUGAUAAUGAUCCCCAACGGUCACCCUGCUGCUGACCUUUGAGCAAUAUGCUUUGAUGGGAAUUGGAUAUUGACAGCACCAAAAUGACUUGGUUAGAUCAGUCAGGGAGUGGGUGGAUGAAUAGGAUCAUUUCAUAAUAAAAUGCUCCUAGUUCUACUUCCAUAUUGCACUGUUCACCAAAAACAUGACAGGAAAAAGGAGCCACAUUAGAGAGCAGGAUAUCAUUGCCACUGUCACUGGACGACUAGUGCGGCACUGCCAGAGACAAACACCGCAGGCGUUGAGCAGAACAUUAGCGUACUGGAUCAGUAUGGAUACCUCUAAUAUCUCAGGGGUGUUACCAAUACAGCCAGCACAGACCAUGUCAGUCACCCUAUAACCCUGUGCCACACAUGCAUUUUCAAUACUGCCAAUGUAGGUGAAACGCUCCAGCAGUCAGAGGUAGCAACAACCUCCGGCUGAAACAAAGACCAGCAGGAUUACAACCGAUUUAAGUAGACAAUAUUGUUACCGAUUGUGUCCCAUGCCCUUUCCUUUUAAAAGAAGGCUGAUAGGAAACUAGUCUUGCCUGUAUGUAUUGUAUGUAAACAUGUCCCUAUAUAUUGUUAUUUUGUAUUUGUUGCUUUUAAAUAAAACGUCACGUAAUGUAUUGUAA